CGUCACCUGGACCCAACUACGUCAGCACUGUGCGCCGCAUGCGCGCUUUUCUUUUAUUUUUAUUGAAGAAGUGGUAAAUACCGCUGUUUCAGGAUCAAAGACAACAUUUUGGCCACCACAGGAUGCCUCUGCCUGCAGCACUGCUGGCCCGCUUGGCCAAGAGAGGGAUUGUUAAACCAUCAGAUCAAGACGCAGAUGAAGAGGUUAUUGCUGAAGAUUACGAUGACAACAAUGUAGAUUAUGAAGCCACCAGAGUAGAAAAUCUACCUCCAAACUGGUACAAAGUGUUCGAUCCCACCUGCGGUCUUCCUUAUUACUGGAAUAUAGAGACAGAUCUGGUUGCCUGGCUUUCCCCAAACGACCCCUCUGCAGUGAUUACCAAAGCUGCCAAGAAAAUAAAAGCUGAUGGAGGUGAUGAAAGAAUCGAGAGGCAGUUUGAGAAGCCGGACAGAGAGAGAGAACGGGAGCGGGAACGUGAGAGAGAACGAGAGCGAAUCCGAGAACGGGAAAGAGAACGAGACAGAGAACGAGACCGAGAGAGGGAUGAGGGGAGAGAGAGAGAGCGGAGAAAGCAGAGGAGAGAAGACAUGGGACCAUAUGGCAAGAGCAAAAGAGGAAAAAAGGAUGAUGAGAUGGACCCCAUGGAUCCAAGUGCUUAUUCUGAUGCUCCACGGGGCUCGUGGUCGAGUGGCCUGCCUAAACGUAAUGAAGCAAAGACGGGUGCGGACACCACGGCGGCGGGGCCUCUGUUCCAGCAGCGGCCGUAUCCCAGUCCAGGAGCCGUGCUCCGGGCCAACGCAGCCAACCAGCCGCCCAAGGAGUGAAAACAC